AUGUCACAGACCAUUCGGGCGGUGCACCCGACCCCUGACGUCGCCAAGGGCGUUGCCUAUUGGGAAGAUGUGCCUGCGACUGUCGAUGGCGUGCUGGGCGGGUACGGCAACGGGACACUGCCGCGCGUCGAUGCACUGGGCUCACGGACGUUUCUUUUGCGUACGUUGCCGUAUUUGAGUGCGACACCUUCGCCGGCAUUCAACGGCGUGCCACGCCAGUGGAUGGCGGAGCGACUUGAGCAGCGUGGCGGUAAAGGUACUACUGUCACGCGCGCGCUGGACUGUGGCGCUGGCGUCGGCCGUGUUACCGAGCAUGUAUUGUUGCCGCUGGUCGACGAAGUGCAUCUGGUAGAACCGGUCGCGAAGUUUUUACAGGAAGCUAAGAAACAGUCUGUGAACUGGCACCCUAUGAAACAGACUCUAGAGACCUCACCGUUUCACGCCCGCAAAGCUGUCUAUUUCCAUAUCUCUACGCUGCAAGGCUUCCCUGUGGCACGCCCGCAGACGUGUCAGGAUACCUCUGAGCCCAUUGCGCCUACCUUUAUGGAUGAGACCAUGACACCGAUCGGCACAGAAGAAGUUGUUUAUGACAUUGUUCUUUGCCAAUGGUGCUUGCAGCACCUAUCUGAGUCGGACUUGGUGACGUUCCUAAAACAGGCCAAGACAACGCUGCGUCCACCGAAGCCGGCCUCGGAUCCCACCUUGGAAUGGAAUGGCGGCGUGAUCUUUGUCAAGGAAAAUGUGUGCCGGGAUGGAGAGGAUGGCAGUGAGUAUACGUGGUACGACGAUGAAGAUCAUUCUGUGACGCGAUCGCGUCAAGUAUACCUGCGUCUCUUUGCCGAGGCUGGGCUCACGGUAGUACGAUCGGAAGUCCAACAGGGUUUCCCGCCGGAACUAUUUGAAGUACAUAUGUGGGCUCUUCGCUAG